UUUAUUCACUCAAUCGCAAGUGCAAACAAUUCUCUUGGCAUGGCUCCCAACAAAAUUAGAAUCAUAUAUGUCCGGAAUAAUGGCAGUUGAUAUGUUUCUUACCAACGCCUUUGCGUACGGACUUUGUGCUUUAGCUUUUACAUUAUUCACGUUCUUUGGUUCUGUCAUCAGAAAAGGGUCAUGGAGAAAGAAACGUUUCGUCACGGCUCAAAUUGAAUAUCUUAUUAUGGGUCCGUAUGGUAUGCCAAGCGCUAAUCCAAUUUAUGAAGCUUUGUCUUGGUUAAUCUCUCAACAAACAAAAUCCCUAGAUAAUGGUUCAUUCAUUGUACAACUUACAACAAAUUUUAUGAUCAAUGAUUAUGAGAAAGACGAGUGCGCCCCUCCAGAAUUUAAUAUUCUUCCGGAGAAAGAUCAA